AUCCUUCAUUGCAGUGUGUGUUUUGACUUCUGCAGCAUCUUGCAUCUUUGAUUGAACAAUUAUUAAUAGAGUGUCGGCGAAAGUCUUUCUUCUAUAUUGAGUUAUUUUCUGUGAGUCAAAUUGUUGGAUUAUUGUAAGGAAAAAUGAAGAGUCCUGGUUUUCAGUGUUUACUUAUGACUGUGCUAAAUUUCAGCAUAUUCAUUAGCUUGGGAGAAGCUGCAAUUCUGGGCGAAAUUCCUCAGCAAAAACUUCUACACCCGAAGGAACAACAACAACCGGCAAUAACCCAGCAGCAGCAAACUUUCCGCAUCAAACCCUCCAACCUGGAGGUGCACCUGGGCGAGGAAGUGGUUCUGCGGUGCGAAAUCGAUCACCGAGCCGGGCAGGUGCAGUGGACCAAGGACGGAUUCGCGCUCGGAUUCACCGAUGAAAUUGUGGGCUUCCCGCGUUACUCACUGAACCAAAACCACAACGAUGGGGUGUACAAUCUGCGCAUUACCAAUGCCUCGUUCGACGAUUCGGCCGACUACCAGUGCCAGGUGGGGCCCACCAAGGGCAUCAAACCGAUCCGGGCUGGGGCCAAGGUGACCGUUUUGGGUUCUACUAAAGCCCAUCACGGAAUUCAUCACCGUAACUAGGAUGUUGCUGGUUGCGAAGGUCAUAAAUAAAAUUUCAAAUAAAAAAACAGCGAUUAACAGAUAAUCCGUAGCAAAGUAGUACAUUUAAAAUAUCCCGGUUCGAAAUCGAAACAUCGUCAAUUUUUCAUUCAACAUAUCGUACAUUAAGUAUAUGAUAAUGCAGCUACAAAAGUAAAAAAAAAGAAAAUCGCACAAACCCCUGUAUUCAAAGCCACACACAAGCACACGCAGCCAUACCACCCUCAAAUAUCAAUUCAAUACCGAUGAUGACAGAUACCACAUUCGGUUGAUUGUAACGAAAAAAAAAGGGUUUUUCGAAAAUCCUCCUACAUAAUAAAUUAAUUAAACAUCUCAACACUUUUCAGCCUCCAGGCAGCUGAAAGGCAAGUAAUUAAACCGUUGCUGUUGCUUGUGAUGGUCAAUCCAGCCGGCCCUGUGUUCUCGGGAGCAAUUAUUUUGGGUUAAUUAUUUUUUGCGCUUCUGAUGCCGUUUCAUCUGUCGACAAAGCCUUUUAUGUGAAAGCUGUUCGAGAUUCGAAGUGUGCAGUGCUUGUUUGAGUGGGUGGACACAGUAUUAUGAAUCCUAUUAUUUGUUUGUUAACUUUUUGGGUUGAUACUUUUGUGAUCAAACUCACAAUCAAUCACAAACUCUGAAAAAAAGAAUAAAAACCAUAAAACUAGCCUCAAGCAAAGUAUCAGAGCCACAGGACUUAGACAACAACCUAUAGAACUUAAUCAUAAGUUCAAUUUCGACACAGCGUUUAAUUAAGACAGAGUUAAUCAAGAAGGAAAACGAGAAACAGCUGAAACAUUACUCAUAAAACUAAAGAAAGGCAGAACAGUCAACAUCAAACAAGCUUCGAUUGUAAUUUUUAAAAUAAACAGCUAAAUUAUCAAGAAACUAACAAUACAAUUCAUAAGUGCAAAAUAUAAGGGUGAAAUUAUUAUGUCAAGAAAAUGUUGUGUUAUUUCUAUGUUUUUCUGUUAUUUUAUAUAGUUUUUUUCUUAUAAAGGCUGAACAAUGUUAAAAAAUUCUGUUUAUAUUUGAUUUGAAAUUCACCGAAAAGUAUGAACCGAAAAACUUAACAACAACCGGCGGUGAUCAAAGCUCGAUUACAUUAUUUUUUGAUUGAUCGUGUUCUAAUGAUAGUGAUGAAAUAAGUUGUAGGAUAGGUAUGUGCCAAUGUGACAAACUGUUUAUUUAUAAAAGGAUUUUUCUUUAGAAACUAUGUAGCUGUUUGAUUCCUUGGGCGAAUAAAAUUCGCCCUUAUUGAGAAAAUAAAAGUAAGAACUACUGCCUAUUAUACUA